GAAUUGGUUACCGAACGUGUUGCACGCAUCUUCAGACCCGCAAAGACUGCCACUCAGUCAGGCAAGAACGGCAGCAGAACCUGGAGAGUCGAAUUUGAUAUUUUGGAAGACGGUAACCGUUGGGAGAACCCUUUGAUGGGUUGGGCUUCUAGUUCCGAUUAUAUGCAGUCUUUGGCCAUGAAGUUCCCCACCAAGGAAGCUGCUAUCAAGUUUGCCGAAAAGGAGGGAUGGAGAUACGAGGUUGUGGAGCCCAAGGUUGCCAAGUUCGUAAAGAAGUCUUAUGCAGACAACUACAAAUUCUCUGCUGGAAAGUUGAGAAUGAUCAAGACCAAGUAA